AUGGCACUUGAGAACCUCGAUCCGUCAGAGCUCCUCCCGAUGGACAAAACCUACAAGGACCGACUCGCUAUCCGCAAGUCCAUACUGGAGCAGAACCAUGAUGUCGUGGUAGCAAUCAACAACGAUCAAACCCCAGAGGAAGACCCUCGCAUCCGCCCCACCAUUAGCGAGCUAUACAAUUUUGUGCUGAGGACAUACCUACCAACCCGAUACCCGAGUAUGUUCAAGCUAAACGCCGAAAGCUCGAUCUUCCAAAACCUGGUAACAGGCGCAACAUGGCCAACAACCCUGUCACCAACGACGCCAGCAAUCCAAGCCCUAGAAAUCCUCUCUCAGACAGUAGACGAUGAUUUCCUAAUCUUACUCCCUGAGCUCUCACCCAAUGCCGAGGAACAGCCGAAAUAUGUACUACAGGCAUAUGCGGUCUGUUUCCCGGCUGGCUUCAACACGCGCAAGAAGCUCGGUCUGCGUUUAGCAGAUAUUCAUGUGCCGGUCCCGGGCUAUCGGGAGAAGAUGGAGCUCAGCAUGGAUAGGUUCUUUGGACGCCUUCAGGUUGGGAAAUUUGUGAAACGAAUCAAUUGGAGUAUUACCAUUGAAACGGAGCUAUUUGCUGCUUUUAGCGGAACACAUGCUGUGGCGGGGGAAAAGGAGGAGGCUAUUGAGCCUGGGGAAUUGAAUGUUGAUCAGACUGUUCUCCGAUGUGAGCGUCAGACAUUACAUCGGCUGCCGGUAUCCAAGGCUCUUGUCUUUACCGUCCACACUUACACAUAUCCGGUUAGGCAGAUUAAGGAUGAGGGUUGUGGUGAGGAUCUGGCGAAUGCGGUCGAUGGCCUGAAGAGGGGGAAUGUGCCAAAAAUGCAUACUUAUAAGAGGGGAGAUGUGUGGGGGGAAGCAUUGAAGGACUUCCUAAGGUCCUAG